AUGGGCUCCACAGUCACUUACCUGCUCUCCAUCGCCACCCUCCCCAGGCCCACCCUCUGGGCUGUCCCGAGUCCUGUGGUCCCCCAGGGAGCCGAUGUGACCCUCAGGUGCCAGGGCCACCUGGGGAGUGAAUGGUUCCAGCUGUGGAAGGAUGGAGAGCUCAGAGAAGAGAGAAAUGCGUCCUGGCAGCUGGCAGAGUUUGUGCUCAGGAACGUGGAUGGUGUGAGAGAUGCGAGAAGCUACAGCUGCCGCUCUGGGCAGGGGCCCUGGUGGUCAGAGCUCAGUGAACCCCUAGCCCUGGUGCUGACAGGACAUGCCCAGCUCUGCCAGCUCUGCUCUGGCAUCACUGAGGGGGGGCUGGGGGGCAGGACAGGGGCCUGGCAGCACACGGCAGUGUGGGCAGGAGCCUUCCCCAAACCCUCCAUUUCAGUCUCACACGGUUCCCCAGCAUCCCCGGGGACAACAGUGACCAUCACGUGCCACAUGUCACAACAGCCACGCUCUCAGGACUACACCUUUGCCCUCCUGGAGGCCAAGAGCCUGGAGCCUUUGCAGCUGCAGAGCCCUGCAGGGACCCGGGCUGUUUUCUUGCUUCCAUCUGUGAGGGCCGAGGACUCUGGGAGCUACAGCUGUAUUUACUACAGGAAGAUGGUCCCCCACAGUGGGUCACAUCCCAGCCGGACCCUGGAGCUGACAGUGUCUGGGAAACUCCCCAAGCCCAUAAUAUGGGCCCAGCCUGGCCCCAUGGUGGUCCCCGGGGCCAACCUCACCCUCUGGUGCUCACGGCCCAAGCUGUCUUUCCUUGAAGAGGUGACUUUCACCCUGUGUAAGGCUGGGACCCGGGAGGCCUUGCAGCAGCAGAGCUCAGCAGAGCCCUGGGCUAGCUUCCUCCUCUCUUCUGUGAGACCUGAGGACAGUGGGAGCUACAGCUGUGCUUAUAGAGACAGGAGAACCUCUGCCAGAGGAUCAGAGCCCAGUGACGCCCUGGAGCUGGUCGUGCCAGGCUCUCUGCCCAAGCCUUCCCUCUCAGCCCUCCCGGGCCUUGUGGUGGAGCCUGGGACACAUGUGACUCUCCAGUGUCGGCAGCCCCCUCCGUCAUCCCUCUGGGGGGUGACCUUCACUCUGAUGAAAGAGGGGACCCCCCAGCCCUUGCAGAGCCAGAGCCCAGCUGGGGCCUCAGCUGACUUUCCCCUCCUGUCUGUGAGGGCCCAGGAUGCUGGAAACUACAGCUGUGUCUACCAAGAGAGGAUGGCUCCAUCCCAGGUGUCUGAGCCCAGUGAGGUCCUGGAGAUCUGGGUGGCAGAUCAGCUUCCCAAGCCUUCCCUCUCAGCCUGGCCUGGUCGAGAGGUGGCCUCAGGGUCUGAUGUGACCCUCCUGUGCUGGGGGCCCUCACAACACACCAGGUUUGUUCUGUACAAGGAAGGAGAUGAGAACAUCCUGCCAAGCAUGGAUACCACUAGACAUGGAGCCCUGUUCUUCUUGAGUCAAGUGACCCCCAAACACUCUGGAAACUACAGCUGUUGCUACCAGUAUGACACCAUUGGAAGUCUCCGGACACAACACAGUGACCCCCUGCAGCUAAUAGUGAGAGCUUCAGAGCCCAGUAACACCCUCCUCAUCACCCUCAGCUGUGUUUCCUUCCUCCUAUUCCUCCUCUGCCUUCUCCUGCUGGCAUUGCUCUGUCGUGCAUCCAGCCCUAUGGGAUCCAUACAAGAAGACAGGCCUAGGAGGUUCCUCUGUUGCCCUUGUCUUUCUGGGAGUACAAGCCUUCCCCAUCAGCCUGAGGCCCCCAGAUGGGAAGCCCUUUAUACAGAAGUGGCCAAGGAGAGACCAAGGGAGCCAUUGGUCUCCAUGGCUGAAGAUCCCCAGGGAGUGACCUACACUCAGCUGACCAUAAGAACUGUGAAUAAGAGGAAAACUGACUACAAGAAGACUCCCACAGAGCCCAUCCUCUAUUCCACUGUGUCCAGGAACUAA